AUGGUUUCGAGGAAAGAAGAAAGGAAAAAUGCGAAAAAGUUGAAGAAGCUUCAAGCCAAAGCCUUUGCACAGAGAAAACCGGUGAGUUUUUAAAUUUAAAUAUGUUUUUUCGAAAGUAUUAUUUGUGAAUUUCAGAUUGAACAAAUAAUGAGACAAGAUAUGAAAUUGACAAAAGAGGAUAAAAAGAAAAACAAAAGGAAACGACAAAGGGAAACCAGAAAGUUCGAGAGGCAAGCUGCAAAACAUGAAGAAUCAGAAUCGGAAAACGAAGAUUCUGAUUUUUCAGAAGAUGAAGAAACCUUGAAAAACACUAAGAAAAAUGGAGGGAUGAUUGAAGUCAGUGUUCACAAAGGAAAAAGAAAAUACGGAGAUGAAAGUGCAACUGAUAGUGACGAAGAUCUUACUUAUGAACAAUAUUUAGAAGAUGUGAAACGCGUCAAAAGACAAAGACAGAUCGAUCAAGAAGGAGGAGAAGAAGACGAUGCGGCAAUUCGAAAAUAUGGAGUUUUAUUAGGAUUGAGUGACAAGAAAAAAGACAAAGAUGGCUCAGUGAAAGUGCCGAAAGCUUUGAAAAGUGAUGGAUUAGAUAUGCUUCUAGAUUUUUGUGAUUAUGAAAAGCGAAAAUCAUUGAUGGAGAAUGAACAAGAUCUAGAUGAUGAUGAAGAAUCUUUCGAUGAAGAAGGUGACGAAGAAGAGGACGAGAAAGAAGAAGUAGAGCAAGAAAUGGAUUUGUCAGAAGGUGAAGAAAAUAUGGAAAAUGAGGAAGAAUUCGAAGAUGAAGAAUGUUUUGAAGAUGAAGACGAGGAUGAAGAAAUAGAAGAAAAUGAAAAAGAAGUUAAAGAAGCUGAAGAUAUUUAUGGAAGAAAGAUUAAUAAAGAAACUGGAAGAUUAAUUGAUUUUGAUCCGAAAGCAGCGAAAAGAAAACUUGAAGAACUUGAUGAACAAUCAACGAGUACAGCUGAACAAAAAGCAAAAGUUGAUAGAACAGUUACUGGAAUUAUUAAUCGAUUAUCUGAUGCAACAUUGAUUAAAUCACAACAAGCAAUUCAAGAACUAUGGGUUGCAAGUUCGAAAAAUGAUGUGAAAAGUUCUUUGUGCAAAAUUCUAACAAGGGUUCUAUCUUCAACUUUUCGUGUUCAAGAUUCUCUUCUAACCACUUAUGCUGCACUCAUUUCAAUGUGUCAUACACAAAUCAGUAAUGAGAUUUGUAAGUAAUUUUUUCUCAAAAUAAGUUAUGAUUUCGAAAAAAACUCUUAUUUUUCAGCUGCUCAUUUUGUCGAGGUAUUUUUAUGCGAAAUGGUGAAAUUAGCUCAAGAAGAAGAUGAGGAAAGAUUUGCCGACGAUAAAUCUCUCGAGAAUCGUGUAGUGUUUGUUGCAUUCACUGUAGUAUUCAGAGUAUGUUUUUAUUUGUAUCUAAAAAAAUUAUUUUCAAAAAUUCUGUUUUUAUAGAUCAUCCAACCAAGUGUUCUCAUUGAACUUGUCGAUAAAUUCGCUAUAAAUCUUACUCUUCUCAAUAUUCAAUCAAUUUAUCUCUUCAUUUCAUAUGCAUACAAGUCACUGAAAAAAACGAGUUGGUCACAAGUCACUGAAAAAAUCGAUAUGAUUUGCGCUGAAUUUGCGAAAAAGCCGAUUUCUGCCUUACCCCGUGCAAAAUUCCUGUUAGAACAAGUGGAAUCAUUGAAAAAGGCUUCGCCAAAAAAUAUUGAUUAUAGUGUUAUUGAUCAUCAAGUCAAAGUUUUGCAAGGAUUGGCAAAAAGUGAGUCUUUUUUUAUUUUAAAAAAGUAAUGAAAUUAUUCUGGGAAAAGUUCACGUUUUGAAUUGUUUUUUAUUCACAAUAUUUUUUCCAGAAAAAAAUUCAUCAGCAGAUUCCAAAGAACUUGGAAUGUCGUUGAAUGAUUUACUGCAUGCUGAAGAAAGAGGAAGAUGGUGGGUUGUUGGUUCAGCUUUUAGACUCCCAGAGCAGGGAGGAUAUGGAUUACUAGCCACUGCCAUGAAUUCCUCGAGUCAGAAAAAUCCGACAACUUUCCCAUCAGAAGUUGUUGAACUCGCAAGAAAAGCUGGAAUGAAUUCGGAAAUUCGAAGAAAUAUUUUCUGCACAGUUGCAACAGCUGAAGACGAAGAUGAAGCAUUUGAAAGACUUGUAAAAUUAUCAUUAAAAGGUGAAAAAGAAAGAGAAUUGGUGCAUGUUUUGGUGUUGAUGAUGUUGAAAGAAAAAACAUAUAAUGCAUUUUAUGCCGCUAUUUUGCAACGAUUUUGUGAAUUCAAUAAGAGAUUUGUUAUCACUUUACAAUACGCAUUAUGGGAUCGAUUGAGAGAAUGUGACACGCUAAAAGUUAAUCAACGAAAUAGUUUGGCACAAUUAUUACACGGUUUGGUGGCUAGCGAAGUUAUGCCUAUUACAGUUCUCAAGGUUUGUUUUGACCAGAAAAUAGGGAAAAUGUUUUAUUUUUGUUUUUCAGAGCAUUGAAUGGGCGACUCGAUGGCCUUCCCUUACUGCAUUGCUCAAAAAAUUCUUCUUAUCUCUCGCAAAAUCUCCGGAAAGUGUGUUACGACGAGUUUUCGAGCCGCUCACAAAUUCUGAAAAACGCGGAAAAUUCGAAAUGCUAUCAGAGGGAAUGCGUGUUUUCUGGCACAUGCACCUCAAAGAUUCAGAAACAUACACCAAAAUCAAUCGCUGGAUUAUGGAAAGUGGAUACGACUAA